AUGGAUCUUACUAAGCUUUUCAUUGCCCUUUUCAUUUUCCAAGCUUUGUUCCCCUUCCACAUGUCAAUCCAAGCAGCUCCAGCAGACUCAAACUCAAACCUCUUCCGAGAAUAUAUAGGAGCUGAGUUCAAUAAUGUUAGAUUCACUGAUGUUCCCAUUAAUUCAAACGUUGAAUUUCACUUCAUUCUCUCAUUUGCCAUAGACUAUAACACAUCAGGUUCUACUUCUCCAACAAAUGGACAGUUCAAUGUCUUUUGGGACUCUGAUAACCUUAGCCCUUCGCAGGUUUCUUCCUUCAAGAGCCGCCAUUCAAAUGUUAAAGUGGCCUUGAGCUUAGGAGGGGACAGUGUGGGAGAUGGCUAUGCUUACUUCGACCCUUCCUCUGUAGAUUCAUGGGUUUCCAAUGCAGUUUCUUCUCUCACAGAUAUCAUCCAAGAGUAUAACUUGGAAGGAAUUGAUAUCGACUACGAGCACUUCCAUGCCGAUCCUGACACUUUCGCUGAGUGCAUUGGGCAACUUAUAACAACCCUCAAGAAGAAUGGAGUAAUCUCUUUUGCUUCCAUAGCUCCAUUUGAUGAUGAUGAUGUUCAAAGCCAUUACAAGGCCUUGUGGAAGAGCUAUGGGCACCUCAUAGACUAUGUCAACUUCCAAUUUUACGCCUACGAUAAAGGAACAACGGUCUCUCAGUUUUUGAAGUACUUUAACACCCAAAGCUCUAACUAUAAUGGCGGUCAGGUUUUAGUGAGCUUUAUAAGUGAUGGGAGCGGAGGCUUGACACCAGAAAACGGCUUCUUUACUGCCUGCAAUAGGCUAAAGAGUCAGAACAAACUCCAUGGUAUCUUUGUUUGGUCUGCAGAUGACUCCAUGGGAAACGACUUCCGCUAUGAGAAGCAAUCACAAGCUCUACUUGCAAUUUCCCACUAGAAUUUGUUUCUUAUAUUUCUAUUCAGUCAAGGCCUUGCGAAAUUUUAUAAAAACACUGAAUAUGAAUUAGAGCCUAGGAGAUGUACCAUUUGUUCUUUACUAUAUCUGUAUUGCUUUCUGUUGAAUAAAUAUUUCAUAGAUCUGUUGUGUGGC